AUGUCCGCAUCCCUGGCACAAAAGACGGUUUUUCCGAGCCAACACUAUGUUUACAUGUUCCUGGUCAAAUGGCACGAUCUCAAAGAAAAAGUUGGUGAUCGGAAGUUCACGGAAAUCGAGUUCCACAAAACUCUGAAGGAAAUUCCGAUUGAAUCCGGGGAUAUUAACGUAGAGAACAGGAUCAUUCCACAUUGCCAGGUGACACCCAGGUGGUUUGACAACCAAAGAUCCACCCAAAACAGACAAAACACGCUCUCCGAAUACUCCUCUGCCUUGAUCAAUCUUCCCCGCAAAAUCUCCCGGUGUGAGCAUGUCUUGAACUUCUUCAGAGUCAAACCAGAUGACCUCAAUCCACCUACAGCAGGCCACAUCAAGAAGCCAGAAACCUAUUUAAUGCCAAAGGACUCCAAGAAGAUAGCAGAAGAUAUCACAGGGCCCAUCAUCCUACAGACCUACCGGGCGAUCGCUGACUAUGAGAAGAGCUCCAGCACUGAGAUGGGUGUCAAGAUGGGGGACGCCGUGGAUGUCGUGGAGAAAAGCGAAAGUGGCUGGUGGUUCUGCCAACAAAGGAAUAAGCGAGGCUGGGUCCCAGCUGCCUACCUGGAACCUAUGGAUGGUCCUGAUGAAUCUGAAGAACAGGAACCCAACUACGCAGGUGAGCUCCACACGGUCCGAAAAGGCUACAUGGCUGCCCAGGAAGAUGAGAUCACACUGAAGGAAGGAGAGACCAUUGAAGUGAUCCAUAAAUUGCUCGAUGGAUGGUGGGUUGUCAGGAAGGACGAGGCCACCGGCUAUUACCCCUCUAUGUACCUGCAGAAAGCGGGCGAAGAGAAAAGCCCAGACAACAACCAGCUGAAGAACAAAGUAGCCCCACCUCGAAGAUCCACCAUCCGAAACAUCAAGAGCAUCCACAACCAAAACCGCAAGCAGAUCAGCCAGGAGACCUACCGGCGAAACAGUGUGAAAUACGUGCAGAGCAGAAAGAAGCUGAGGAGCAACCUCCUGAACAAAGGCAGCGCUAUCGUGGAGAAGGAGGAGACGGAAGGCAACCAGGCGAAAGCUCAACCUGCCAUCCCUCCACGGCCCAGUAAAGAUCUGAUCUUGACCCGCUGCUCCGAGAGCACAAAGAGCAAAAUCAAGUGAGGAGGGGAACACACGGCUUUCCCGUUUCCGUGCAUCGCAACACCUGCAAAGAAUUUGCUGGCCAGAGUGGACCCUGUAAAGGUUUUAUUCUUGCUUCUGUACCAGUUUAUUCCUGGACCUCACUUGCAUUCGCAUCGAUGACACAUGCCUUGCGUUUGGGCGUAAUACCACAAAGUCGAAGCAUCGCAGGGUUUAUCUAGGUGUGCUAUGCUAGUGCUUCGUUGUUUCCACCUCUCAUACCUGAAAACCUUAUGGAAUAGUUUGACUCCGAUAGUAUCCCAUGGUUCUAAAUCCUGACAUCAGGGCCUAAAAGUCUGUCGGUUUAGUCCUAUCAUCUAAAUGUAGGUUUUUUAGAGGGAGGGAAAGGCAAGGGAGAGUAUGAAGUUUGGAUUGUACUACUACUACUUGUUAUCUGUGUAACAGAUAUGUAAUAUAGUUGUCAUAGGAUGUAUGUCCUGGAUAAAUAUGGUGGUUGUAAUAUGCAUAUGCAACAUGUACACAUGUUAGACGAAUAAAUAACUUGGUAUGAAAAUAGCAUUUCCAG